AUAACAUGCGUGUAUAUAAAUCAUUCUUUGAUCACGAUUUUCCAUUGAUGAAUGGUUGUUCGGAUCGUUUGAAUGAGUUAAUCUUAUUGAAAAAUGUUUACGAAUAAAAAAUCUCAUCAAAAAAAACGACGACGAGAUUCAUAUGAAUAUUUGUGUGGUAAUCGUUUCUCCAAUUCCAAAACAUAUGAUUCAGAAAAUUCCAGCUUAUUUACCAACGAUGAUGAUGACAGUAAUGAACCAAUUGAUGAGGCAAGAAAUGCCAUUACAGAUAUGUCGUUAUAUGUUGAACCGGAUGAUCCAACAUUAGCAGAAUGUUGUUCAUGGAUUAAAAAUCGUUAUUUUACCAAACGUAAAUUAUAUCGUUUGUUACCGCCACUACGUUGGGUACCCGCAUAUUCAAUCGAAGAUCUAAAGGGCGAUAUCAUUUCUGGCAUAUCUGUCGCAUUCACUAUAGUACCACAAGGUUUGGCAUUAUCAAGUUUGGCCGGUUUACCACCACAAUAUGGAUUAUACACAUCGUUCAUGGGUUGUUUCGUAUAUUCUUUGCUGGGCAGCUGUAAAGAUAUGGCUGUUGGGCCGACCUCGAUUUUAUCCAUGAUCGUUUUGCCUUAUGUCUUGAUCGGUGGCCCACAAUAUUCUAUUUUGCUGGCAUUUUUUGCGGGUUGUAUUCAAUUGUUGGCCGGAAUGCUUAAUCUUGGUUUUAUUGUCGAUUUCAUAUCGUUUCCAGUAAUUACGGCAUUUUCAUUAGCCGCAUCCAUGUCGAUAGCAGCAUCACAAUUGAAAGGUUUUUUUGGCCUUCAUUAUACAGCUAGUCGUCUACCGGGAAUUAUUACAAAAUUUUUUGCAUCGCUUGGCGAUACCAAUUACUGUGAUGCUGUUCUCGGAACAUUAUGUUUGUUAUUUUUGUUACCAUUCCAACUAUUUAAAGAUUAUCGUUUUCCUGAGAUGAACUGGGGGACUAUACCGAUUUCGCAAAUAUUGAAUUCAAUAUUUCAAUUAUUGAUUAUCGGUCGUAAUGCCAUGGCUUUAUUGUUCGGUUCGUUGAUAGCUAUCUAUUAUGGCCAAAACGUCGACAAAGAUGGAACGAUUACUGGAAAUAUUUUCACAUUGACACGCCAAAUCACACCAGGAUUGCCUUCAUUUCAAUGGCCACAAUUCUCAGUGACAGCCACAAAUGGUACAAAUGUGAUCAAACCAUUUAGUGAAGUUUAUGAAGAUAUUGGAACCGGCAUAUUCGUUCUAUCAUUGGUUGGCCUUAUGGAAUCAGUAGCCGUAGCAAAUGCUUUCAAAUCGGGACAUUCGCGAAUGGAUGCAACACAGGAAAUGAUUGCAGUUGGUUUAAGCAAUAUUUUGGGCUCAUUUUUUGGUGCCUUCCCAGCUACGGGAAGUUUUUCGCGAUCAGCCGUACAACACAAUAGUGGAGCACGAACACCUGCCGGCAAUAUAAUUACCGGAUCAUUAGUUUUGCUUGCAUUAUCAACACUAUCGGAAUAUUUUGAAAAUUUACCGGAAACCGUUUUGGCUACGAUCAUCAUAACAUCAGUCAUUUUUAUGGCUCAUCCUAAAGAUUGUUUGCUAAUAUGGCGAACAAGUCCAAUCGAUUUACUUCCGUAUGCAGUAACGUUAGCUUCUUCCCUGUUUAUCGGGCUUGAAUUCGGCAUAUUGAUCGGUAUUGGUUUCUCGAUAAUGGUCUUAUUAUAUCAUAUGGCACGACCUCAUGUAUUCACCAUAACGAAAGAAUCACCUCAUAAUUAUCCAUUUUUAUAUGUAAAACCGGAUCGAAGUAUUUUUUUUUCAUCAAUUGAAUACAUGCAAAUCAAAAUAUUUCAAGGUCUGAAUAAAGUUCAACAUCGGGGUAGUCAUAAAAAGAUUGUCGUAUUGGAUGGUGAACACAUGUUUCGAAGUGAUUCUACAUUUGCUCUGGGAAUGAAAAACAUGGUGAACCAUCUGAAAAACGACGAUAUCAUUGUCAUAUUUUAUCGUCUACGGCGUCAAGUUUUCCGUACGAUCAUUGGCGUAUCGAUGCAUCCAACAUCUUUUCAUAAUUGUCGUACAGAAGAUGAAGUAUAUCAACUAAUCAAGCAAAUUAAUGCAAAUCGUUUGAAACAUUCAACAUCAAUUUGUUUGCCAUGCGAUACAAAUCAUAAUAAUAUGAAUAAUUUAAAACCAUCAUUUGGUCAACUAAUGUCGACUAAUUGUAAUGAAUUUGGUAGCCGUUUUCAUUGGCUUACACAAUCGUAUUGAGAUAGGAAAAAAGGAACCCGGUACAAGACACUCAUUAAUUAAAAUAAUAAUGAACCAUUUAUUCGAAUAUGACUCAUCUUGGAAAAAUGUUUCCAUUCGAAUUGAAUUUAUUUUUGAUCCUAUCAAUAUAUCAUAUUUGUUAUUUUUA